AUGGCUCUCGAAGAUGCUGAGGAUUGGGUCGAUGAAGCUGCACAUUUGCCCAUAGAGGUGAUAAUGCACAUCAUGUCAUAUCUAUCGGUAUCUGAUAGGAUGGCUGCUGGUCUAGUGUGUCGUGAAUGGCAUGAAGCUUCGCUCAGUACCAAGUUUAUAGACAAACAAGCUGUAAUUAUUAGUCGUGAAGAUGACAACAUGCAUCUUGUGAUGAAUACGUUGUUAAAGUCACAGAGACCUUUUCAUCAUUUUAUCUUCAAGGAAGUCGAGAUUAAAAAAAAUUUACCUAUUUGGGAUAAAUUUGGUGGAAUAAUACGAAGCUUAAUUUUGGUUUGCUGUGAUUUAAGUGAAAGAACGCUGGUCUCGAUAUUAAAAUGCUGUGAAAAUUUACGUACAUUGCAUAUAAACGCCUGUAGAGAAUGUUUAAUGUCAGGAAGACUGUUGGACGAUAAAAAAGACGUAAAAGAAUUAUCUGAUAACUUCCAAUCGUUGCUUGAACUGAGUUUAGCGUCGAACAGAUAUCUCAGUGACGCACUUUUCAACAGGCUUGUGUCUAUUUGUCCAAACUUACAAUCUCUUAGUCUUACAGAUUGUCAAAUAUCAUUUCAUUCUGGUGUGUACAAGCGUUUUUACCCACACAAUUCAAUCGAGCAGGCCUCGGAAUCUUUGUUGACGUUUUUUAAUGUCCUGAUGUACGUAAAGAGACAAGCGAAAAGACUGAAGCACGUGAGUUUUGGGUCAACGCUGAUAGACAGCACGGCUUUGAGCAGUUUGGCAAGCGUUGAAGGAUUGAAAUUGGAGUCGCUUAAACUGAGAUCUUGUGAUCAGCUCACCAAUGUAGGAUUACGGAGUUUAACUCGUCAAAUAAGUCUUAAGGUGUUGGAUAUAAGUUUUUGUACACGAGUUACCGACCAAAGUUUAAUUUGUAUUUGUCAAAAUUUAUUUAAUCUAGAAAGUCUUAAUGUGAGAAGAUGCCGUGCAAUCACCGAUUACGGUGUGACACAAAUACGUUUAUUAAAAAAAUUAAAAGAACUUGAUAUUUCAGAGUGCGAGCAAUUAACUGGUGCGUGUAUUACUCAAGGUUUGUCUUUGCAAUCUAUUGACAAGAAUGAAUUAACAUUCACGGCGGAUAAUCAGGAUCUAGAAAAUUUAAAUGCAGAUAAAUUAGAUGCACAUAAUUAUAAUGAUACUGAUGAAUCAAUUAAAGAUGAAAAUUAUCCUAGCGUGCUGAGUUCUUCAGACAAUUGUUUACAAACAUUGUCGGCAAACGCUUUGAAUUUAGAUGAAAAGUCGAUUGAGUGUAUCGCUAAUUCGUUUCCUAAGCUGACGUUUCUCGACAUCGGCUACUGCUUCAGUGCAGUCAAUGACAAAACAAUCCAGAAAGUCUUCAAAGAGCUGACAUUGUUGAGAACGCUGAGAAUAAGUAGGUGUGACAAAGUUAGUGACGCAGGAUUGACUGGAAUGGGCGCGGGGAAUCGUAUUAAUAAUGCCGACUCUAAAAUAGAAAAAAUAAUCCCGGAGCUUACGGACUCUAGAUUAAAAAUAAGAUUAGGCUCGAGGGCUGAGGAAGAAAUAGUACGGGACGCUUAUAGAAAAAGAGAAGUUAUGGAAAUGUGUGAAGAUACUACUUCACCUUGUGAGCUUGAUAUUUUUUCUGGGUUUUCCUUAAUCCGGUUGAAGGGCUUGAGAGAACUUGAUUUUACGGGGUGUAAUAAAGUCACUGAUGUUAGCUUGAAGCACGCAUUUACGUUCCCUGAGUUACGAGUUCUUGAUCUAAGCAUGUGCCAACAGAUAACACAUGUGGGACUUGAUUAUCUCACUAAGAAUAAUCAAGCAAUUGAGGAUCUUAAUCUUUCACAGUGUCACAAUGUCACAGACAUUGGAAUAUUGUACAUUGCUCAGAGAUUAUAUAGAUUAAAACGUCUUCAAAUUCGUGGCUGUUCUCAGCUUACGGAUCAUAGUCUGGCUGGAAUAAAGUCAUACUGCAAAAAUCUUCAGUAUUUAGACGCUAGUUAUUGUCGCGGGAUAACAAUGAGCGGUAUUGAAAGUCUAUGUUCUCAUUUACACGUUAAAUUUUCUGAACAACUUGAUAGUUUAAGUAGCCGAGAUGUUCCAGUUCCACCGUUAAUACGCAGAUAA